AUGUCAGAGGACUGUUGGUCACUGAUUGGUCAGGGCUGGAACAGGAAAGUGGUGAACUACUCACAAUUCAACGAGUCCGACGAUGCAGAUGAGGAGUAUAGUGAGGACAAGCCUAAGAAGGUGCGCCCACCCCCUCGUGAGCCGAAGCACAAGCGCUCGAAGAAUUCACAGGAUGACAGUGAGGAUUCUGAUGAGAAGCUGUCCAAAUCUAAAAACGAUUCAGCAGAUGACUUUGGCAGCGAGGAGGAAGAAGACAAUGACUUUGGUGAAGAGGAGGAUGAGGAAGGAGGCAGCGACUACGAGGAAGAGAGAGGGAAGAAGGCAAAGAAAGUCAAGGUGGAGAAGAGCAGCAAGAGGGGCCCAAAGAGAAAACGGGCUGCAGAUGACAGUGACGAUGACAAGGAGGUCAGUCGAAAGCGGACGGUGAGGCAGGCUGCUUCCAAGGCUGUCUCAAAACAGAGAGAGAUGCUGCUGGGAGACGGCGGCAGCGAGGAUGAGGAGCACGAAGACCAGGAGGAGCCCUACAUGGACCCUGACGAGUCUGGCAGCGAUGAAGACUUCAUGGUGGAGGAUGAUGAUGACAGCGACUAUGGCCGCUCCAAGAAGAAAGGAAAGAAGGUGAUUCGACGAGGACGGCCAGACAAGAAGGAGAAGAAGAGCCCUAAACCGCGACUAAAGGCCACAGUCACCCCGAGCCCCAUGAAAGGAAAGGGGAAGGGACGCCCCAGCUCCAAGACUGUGGAGAAGAGCUCACCCAAAGAGGAGGAGGAGGAGGAGCCAGAGAGUCCUCUGGAGGAGGAAGAGGAGGAGGCAGGCGAGAAGAAGGAGGAGACUUCCCCCGCCCCCAAGACAACAAAGGAGUCUGCAGGAGGAGAGGAAGAGGAGGAGGAGGAGGAAGAUGAGGAGGAAGAGAACGGCUCAGAAGAGGAGGCGCCGUCUGGGGAAGACUAGAGGAGGCUCUCCGUCUGCAGCGCGUCUUUCUGUCUCUGAUGAAAUGUUGCUUUUCUUUUGUCGCUCUGCUUUUUUUUUCUGUUUUUUUUUUUUUUUUUGACUUUCCCCUCCAAGCUGCCUGGCUCAACGGUCGGAGGAAAUGCUGCUUCGUGCUCGCAACUCCUUAUGCUUUUUAUAUCGCAUUUCAGCGCCGCUUCUCCCCUCUGUCUCAGUAUUAGAGCAUCUGGCCGAGCAGAGACGCGGCGCUCUGCAGACGGCGGUCCUAUCGGUGGGCGGAGCGUUCUGCCUCUGCAGACGGCGGUCCUAUCGGUGGGCGGAGAGUUCUGCCUCUGCAGACGGCGGUCCUAUCGGUGGGCGGAGCGUUCUGUCUCUGCAGACGGCGGUCCUAUCGGUGGGCGGAGCGUUCUGCCUCUGCAGACGGCGGUCCUAUCGGUGGGCGGAGCGUUCUGCCUCUGCAGACGGCGGUCCUAUCGGUGAGCAGAGACGCGGCGCUCUGCAGACGGCGGUCCUAUCGGUGGGCGGAGCGUUCUGCCUCUGCAGACGGCGGUCCCAUGGGUGGGCGGAGCGUUCUGCCUCUGCAGACGGCUGUUCUAUCGGUGGGCGGAGCGUUCUGCCUCUGCAGACGGCGGUCCCAUGGGUGGGCGGAGCGUUCUGCCUCUGCAGACGGCUGUUCUAUCGGUGGGCGGAGCGUUCUGCCUCUGCAGACGGCGGUCCUAUCGGUGGGCGGAGCUUGGCUGAUGUGGUUGUUCCAGGUUGCGGGCGUUCAGGGGGGCGUUGUGGCAUCGUAUUUAAAGCCGCCUCCUUCUUCUUCUCUGCGUCGUUGUUUUUUUCUCAGCUUUCCAAUCAGUCAGGUUUUGUUUUUCCUUCCUUUUUCCCGUCAGCUGCUGUUUUUUUUUCUCUUUCUUCUGUCUCGUUUCUCCUGCUGUCGCAGACGGCGCCCCCCGCAGGCCGACGCACCAUCCGUUCCCUUGAGCCAGGCAUCUCCACAUCCUGCUUUUGUUUUCAGAAUGCAACAGGAGGGGUUUUUGUUUUGAGAGUUUAAAACAAGAAUGUUUUUUUUUUUUUUCUCCUUGUCGGUUCAUUGAUCUAAUUCUCUAUUCAGAUUUUUUUGUAAUGUUUGUUUUUUAAGAAAAAGAAAUAAAAUGUAUCUUGAUUUUAAA